GGUUGGAAGUUAGGGUUAAGUGGGGCAGUGAGUUAGUUUUCUUCGGCUGACUUAUUGUGAUGCAUGUCCCUUGUCAGAGGGAAAGGGAGGCAGAGGCAGCAGCUAGAGCUGCCAACAUUGCUAAUCAGGUGGUUCUCCUUCGGAUCCCGGAAGCCAAUGCUGACCAGUUCCAGGAGGAACUAGCUGCUGCCGUAGCAGCCUUGGUUCGACUGCGGACCUUGGAAAACCUUGAGUCCCGUGUGACAGCACUAGAGCAGCGGAACCAAGAGCUGCAGGCUGAGAUAAUAAGCCUCAAACAGUCGCAACUGUCUGCCCCCCGCCCUCCUAACCCUCGAUCUGCUGCAGUCCCAGCCUCUCAACCCAACACAGUCCUCAUGACAAGGGCAAGUGGAAUUGUGAUGAGUGCAGGAUCCGGUGCCAGCUCCUCGAGCGGCAGCGCCGGCAGUUCUGCACUAGUCAUAGUCCCAAAUGCGGGGACUUCAGCCCAAAACGCCACAGUCCCUACUGGCGUUCAGUACAGCGGUCCCAUGGUGGACAAGCGGGCGGCCACUCUGUCGUCCAAGUACGACGGGAAAGCGGACAUCACCUCUUGGAUUAGUUACUUUGAGGGCAUGCGGACACCGCAAGAGGACCGAAGUAUGAUCGUGGGGACUAAUAUUGAGCCCGCCAUACGGAACUACAUUGAGCUCCAAGCUGUUGCUGCAGGUUAUGAAAGAAUUGACCUGACUGAGUGGCUGAAGGUAACCUCUGUACGCACCCUUGAGGACCUUCUCCUCGCACGGUACCAAGACAAGCAUGCUGCGCUCAAGGCUAGGUUGAAGCUUGAGGCCCUCAAGGGUCAAACAUGGAGGUCCUCCAUGCAAGCUUUGGAACAACACUUGACUAGUCUGUUCACCACUCUAGAUUUGGGAAUGACUGACGUGUCUUGUAUGGAUGUAGUCAUGGGAGUGGCCCCUAAAGAAUACCUCUCCCUGUUGGCACUCAAAGACCAUACCACCUGGCGAGAGCUCAUGACGGAUCUAGUCAACCUAGAAGCCAAGGACCUCGCCAGGCGGAAGAAGGCGCUCGCUGCAGGUGGGAAACCACAACGCAAGCGGUUUGGAAGCAGCAACCAGCGUGCACUGCAUGAUCAUCGGGAGGCUGACGAUCAGUCCUAUGCGGAUGAUCGGUCUAUAGAUGACGAUCUAGAGCCGGACUCCGAUAUGGGUUGUUCCACAUCAGCCAUUGAGUCCGACGUCAACGAAGAUGAAAAACUGAAUGCUUUUAGAAAGACUGCUUCAAACAAGGGGCCUAACCGUGGUUCAGGUAAGGGAACUGUUGUCCACCUCCCAAAAAACGCAAAGAUCCCUGAGAAACCGGAGGAUGCAUCAACCAAGCCUUGGGAAGCCCUCCAAAAGGAAUGGGAAAGAAGAUCUAAACUGCGCAUAUGCCUGCAUUGUCAAAAGCCUGGUCAUGCUGUGUAGGAUUGUUAUAGACUGCAGUGAAACAAGUAAAGGGCAUAGAGGAGU